AUGGACGCUUUCGAGAAUUGGUUUAGAAACAAUGGCGGCUACUUGCAUCCCGCAGUUCACCUUGCGCAUGACGAAGACCAGGGCUCCCAUUUCAGAGCCACUGCUGUCAUUGAGCCUGGUACACAUGUUUUGACAGUCCCUCACAGUCUGUCAAUGUCCAACUUGAACGCACAAGUUGACGAUGAUUUCCCUGUCUUCAGAACUCAUGCCAAAGAAUUCACUGUUGAGGGUCUCAGUUUCUUUUACCUCAUGGCACAAUGGCUUAACAAGGAUAAGUCUUUCUGGAAACCAUAUCUGGACAUACUACCCACCCCCGAACAAGGCUUCGAGACACCUAUCUUCUAUGAUGAGGAAGAUCGCAAAUGGCUGGAGGGCACAGAUUUGCAUCCAACACUGCUUGGAAGAGAGGCUGCCUGGAAGAGGUAUUGGGAGGAUGGUGUACAGGUUAUGAAAUCUGCCGGUAUGGAUGUAACAGAAUACACAUGGGAACUUUUCAGAUGGGCUGCUACAGUAUACUCAUCACGCAGUUUCAAUGGCCUGACUGUCACUCCGCGAGGCAGCCAACACUGGACGGCAUACAAACAUGACUCUAAUGGUGGUUCAACGGUACUUCUGAACCACAGCGACUACAUUGAAGACUGGAAGAAGUUCUCUGUACUCUUCCCAGCCAUCGAUAUCGGUAAUCACAAUCCAAAUGCUCGUGUGGACUGGACCUACGACCCCGAUCGCUUCAGCUUGAACGUUUCUGAGAGAAUCGAGCCUGGCUCGCAGGUCUACAAUAACUACGGUCCCAAGUCGAGCGAGGAGUUGCUGAUGGGCUAUGGCUUUUGUGCACCUGGCAAUCCAUACGAUGGUCUUCUUCUCGCUAUGAGACCUCCUCCACCGCCAUUACAACAAAUGCUGAGUAUCACUCACCCCGAGUAUUUCAAGGACAAUGGCGAGUGGAACUCUGAAGCUGCGACUUUCCGUCUGUUGCACGCAAAAUUGCAAGAGACGUCCAACGCAAGUACAUUCGAUCAAGCUUGGGGCUGUGUUCCGGCACCUCUGGCCGAACUCUUCUGCUAUGUGGUGCAGUUGGAAAGAGGCGUAGAUGUAGCUCCCAUCGAGGAUGCGGAGGAGCACCUCUAUCACGGUGACGGCAAACGUUACCUACCUCGCAUCGCUCUCUACAUCAUCAUGUCGCUCAUCCCGAAAAUUGGCAAGCUUGAAGAGGCCAACGAGAGUCUGCCCUCCGAACCAACAAACCCUCGUCAAGCAUCCGUCAAGAUCUACAGAGACAUGCAAUACGAAGUCAUCAACACAGUACAAGCGCGUAUGGCUGCCUACCUCAAAGACCUACAACCAGAAGAAGUAGUCUCAACAGCCGGCUCAGCAAUCUGGACUCUAGAAGACGCCCUCGACCUUCUCGAGAUCGAAAUUCCAGCUGCCCACAAGUCCUUCAUGUCCGGUGUCAAAUACGUCACUGGCACCACAAAACUCCGCAAACUACGCGGCUCAGAACAUGAAGAAUAUCUCUGGACCAUCCUCCUCUGCUACCUCUACCUCGCGCAAUCCUCUCAACCAUCCACAUCUAGUCCCAGUCUCAUCGGCAAAUGGAUACAAUCACUCGUCGAUGAAUACGGCGAACCCGAUAUCCAAGCCGGAGAACCAGACGAAGAAACAGAUGAAGAAGCAGCAGAAUACCUCAAUCGUGUCAAGAAGGCUGCCAUGUUUUUACCUGGAUCGCUAUGGACGAAUCCAGCUUGGACAGCAGACUUUGUACUCGACUUUGGAAUGAGGAUAUCGAAGAGUCAGGGCACGUAUAUGGAUAUUGGAGAGGAAGGUGAUGAGGAUUUGAGAUACGUUGUUUAUCUGCAUGUUUGA